UACACUCCUCUACACCCCUCUGUACACUCCUCUACACCCCUCUGUCACCCAUGUCCACCCCUCUACACCCCUCUGUCACCCAUGUCCACUCUUCUACACCCCUCUGUCACCCAUGUAAAAAAAAAGAAAAAAAGUUUGGCGCCUAAUAGGUUUGUUUUGCAGGUUUAACGGUGAAGAAUUGUGUGUGGAAGAAAUCGUGAUGAUGGCCCAGACCAGAUGGAGAAGAGAAGGCAACGAUGCAAAUUAGAGAAGACGUCAUUGGUGUUUUUGGAAAUCUCUGUCCCUCACCACUGCAAUACUAGCUGGAUUCUGGCAAUAAAUCCAAAUCUGACUGAGGAAAACCAGCGGAAUUUAACCAUCCCACGUAAUGAACAUGGAAGCUACGAGCAAUGCCGCAUGUACACUCCAGUGGACUGGGAUAUAGAAACUAUUCAAAUGUAUGGACUAAAUAGCACUGAGGACUGCCAGAAUGGAUGGGUGUAUGAUACGUCACAGCAAAAGUCAACAUUGGUCACUGAGUUCAACCUGGUGUGUCAUAGGAAAGAUCAAACAGACAUAUGUCAGUCCAUUUUUAUGCUUGGAAUUCUUAUCGGAUCUCUUAUUUUUGGUCCCUUAGGAGACAGGAUUGGGAGGCGUCCAGUCUUAUUAAUCUCAAUUUUAUUGAUGUUGGCUUUUGGUCUUGGAGCAGCAUUUGUUACAGAGUUUUAUGCCUUUAUGGUGCUGAGAUGUUUUGUGGGAAUCGCUUUGGCAGGGGUCAUGUUAAACAAUCUUGUACUAGUUGCUGAAUGGGUUGGACCAUCACAACGUGCCUACGCCACUAUAACUGUCCAUGUAUGCUUUGCGAUAGGACUAAUGGCACUGGCUGGGACUGGAUACGCUAUACGUAACUGGAGGUUGCUACAGAUUGCUUGCUCUGUGCCCACAGCUUUAUUAGUCUUCUAUAUUUGGUUUCUUCCAGAAUCUGCCCGUUGGCUUCUGACUAAAGGCAAAAAUGAAAAAGCCAAAGAUCUUCUCCAGAAAGCAGCGCACAUGAACAAGAAGGAGCUAUCGGAAGAAAUACUACAUCAGUUGCAAGAAGAAAAACAGACUCAAUCUGGCAACAUGAUAGAUCUUUUUAGGAACCCAACUCUGAGAAAAAGGACACUUAUUGGGUGUUUUAUAUGGUUUGCAAACAGUUUAGUUUAUUAUGGCCUCAGUAUGAAUGUGGGAAGCUUUGGGCUCGACAUUUAUCUUACUCAACUCAUAUUUGGAGCUGUUGAAAUACCUGCUCGCCUUGGAUCCAUGUUUGCUGUGCAGAUUUUUGGAAGAAGGUUGAGUCAAUCUGUAUAUCUUCUACUGGGAGGAACUGCAUGCCUUAUCAUCACUGCAAUCCCAAAAGAGUUGUCCAUCGGAAUCACAGUGCUCGCCGUAAUUGGAAAAUUUGCAACUGCGUCUUCCUAUUCAGUUUGUUAUGUAUAUGCUGCGGAGCUAUUUCCCACAAUCCUUAGGCAAAAUGGAGUAGGACUCUGCUCUAUGACAUCCCGGAUAGGUGGGAUUAUAGCACCGCUCAUUAUUCUUCUGGAAAAAUAUCACCGGGCUAUACCAAUGGCCAUUUAUGGAAGUGUGCCUAUCAUCGGAGGUCUUCUUUGUUUCUUGUUACCGGAGACAAAGGGCAUGGAUCUUCAGGAUCUUACAUUAGACACCAAUGAUAUUCCAAGGUCAGACAGUCUGCCAAAGAACCAGCUCUUAAGUGAUUCACACGAGCCGCAAACCAAACAAAGGAAGAGCACCCGGUUCUAACCUGGAUAAAGGACAAACUCUCCAUAUACUUAUAUAGUGAGAACCAUUAUUUCAUCUCUUGGGCGUUGCUAACAAAUCCUAAUACAAAAAUAAAUGAAGAUGUUC